UUACCACAGUAUACUGUAUAUAGCCUACUUAACCUUACAUAGUAUACUGUUAGUUGUAAUGUAGUAGGAAAGGGGAUAUGGAAUAAAACACAGCCUUUGUAACUGUGCAUGUACUUUCCAACUGAAAAUAGAUGCAUUCUUGACUAAUUGAAUAUACCCCUCCUGUGUGCGCAGAUACCGCCCAUUGUAAUUAAAGUCAUGAGAGCCUGUCUAUGUGUGUGUGUGUGUGUUCUUCCGGAGGCACAGCCAUGCUUUUAACGGUUAUGUACUACUAAAACAUGUAGGAGGAUACCUCUCAGUAUAUCUGAGAAUAGUUUAAUUCUGCAUAGAGACAGAAGCAAAAACGCCCCUGAUCCUGUGAUCAUUAGAAAAUGAGCAAGUCUUCAACGCCGUCCUCUAAAGACCUACCAUAGGUUUGCCAUGAAGGUAUAAUGUGUAUUUCUCAAAGUCUAUGUGGUUGGAGGGCAGGAAAUAGACAGUAUGAUUUUGGGACUUGUCAUCAUUCUGUUCCUCAUUGGCCAUGGAAACACUGGGCCUGGAACAACCCCUCACCUAAAACACAUUGUGAUUGGACGAUGUUAUGACUAUAUCACUCUGGUGAACCCAAGCUUCAGGUACAACUGUGAAGAUAUCUGGCGGGAGUUUGAGGAGGCAGUGGUGAGGAGGACACCAUGCAGUGUGAGGGUGAAGGACUACCAGAGAAUGUUCCGGGCAGUCCCUCAGACUCUUCCCUGUGACAGACUGCUGUUCUGGAGCAAGACUCGGGACCUGAUGCACAGCUAUGCAGCCGUCACAGGAAGGUUCUGGACUUUAGAGGACACGCUGGUGGGAUUCAUGUUUAAUGAUCUCAUCUGGUGUGGGCAGCGCGAGAGAGACAGAGGAUUUGAUUUUCAGUCCUGUCCAGAGUGGUCAACAUGUGUAACCCAUCCUGUGUAUUCACUGUGGAAGAGAGCAUCACAAAAUUUUGCUGCUGCAGCCUGUGGAAACAUAACUGUGCUCUUAAAUGGAUCAAUUCAUAACGCUUUCAACAGGAAAAGCAUGUUUGGAAGCGUGGAGUUGGACAAUCUAAACCCCAGGAUGGUGUCUCAUGUCCAUAUUAAAGUCGUUCCAAAUCUGGAAGGUCCAUUUGUAGAAUCCUGCUCAAAAGGCUCCAUCCUGGAUCUCAUAAAUGUCCUAGAGAGCAGAGGAUUCCGCUGGUCCUGCACAGACAGAGACGUAACCCUGAUGAUUCUCCAGUGCAUGAAGAACCCAAGACAGUCCAGCUGCCAAACAUGUUCCUCCAGUCUUUUACACAGAAAGAGCCUUUAUCUUUAGCGUGACCACGUAUUGCGCAGGACAGCCACUACAAUGGAUUCCUUAAAGCAAAGGAGUCAAAAUGAGAUAUGUUGAGACAUGCCAUAGAAGAACCUCUUUUAGGUGCCAAAAACAUUGUAUUUGUGUUUAUUUGUUUUAUAAUUGAUAUGUAUGUGUGUAGAACUGUUAAACUCUUUAACAUUUCAUAUUUCUUACAAAAAAAAGCAAAGAUCCCCAACAGCACUCUGAAACACCCUCUAGUGGCCCACUCAAAUAGGGCUAUUCACUAAACACCAACUUUACCUCUUCACAACUUUACAACAGAUGUUUUUAAACACAUAAAGAGACAAGAAAAAUGUAAGUAUUUGACUCUCGACAAGUUUAGCACAGUUGUUUUAAUGGAUGCCGACUGAGGAAAUGCCAAGAUGUUCCAGUCUGUCAUCUAAGCAAGAGGUGCAACUUUGAAGAAUCUACAAUAUACAACAUAUAUAUCUCUUUUCUUAUACAAACAGAAAAAUCUCAGUUCAAAACUAGAAUCUAUAAAAAUAAUAUAAAUAGAGAUGAACAAAUAAAAACAUAUUGCAAGAGUAGGCAAAUUCUGUAACCCAACAAUAAAAGUCAUUGUUUCUCAGAAAAAAACAACAUGCCCCCUGUUAAGUACUAUCCAGAUUGGAAGUGUCCAGUGUUUUCACUGAACAGCACUUACAAGUGUCAGAACUUGAAAAUCUAAAGAAAGAAUAACAUUUGGUUUUAGUUUUUUUUAGUAAUGUGCAUUCUACAAUUAACCACAGACUCUAUUCUAUUAAAGACUGUACACAAG